AUGAGUAGCAACGGUCGCAAGGACGUCUCUAACAGCAUCUUCUUGCCAGCCGAGCAGAGCCAGCUUUGUACUCUCUGCGACAGCUUUGGAGGUGGUGGAGGUGAUGGCACUCCCGGCUGCCCGGGCGUUCCCACAACCACCGUCGCGCCGCCAACCUUUUCCCCACGGUGUGCAUGGGCGCAGACAGGCUACGAGCAAAGUGGGGGCAAUGCCGCAGGUAGCUAUUUCGUGCAACUAGCGGAGUGCCCGAUUGAUGGUUCCUCCCUUGCCACCACCCGUUACAUCGCCAACCGCGCCGGCGCCACUAAUUAUCAGGUCCCGACAGACUUCGAGGAGGUGUGCCUCAUGUUCUACGAAAAGAGAUCAGGUAGUGCCAACUGUAGGACGGUGUGCGAACAAUUGGGCUCGACAUGCAACCGGGUUUUGGCCGCAAUCGGUGCUUCCGGUACGGACAAAUGCGAGACCGCCGUGUCGAAUACGAACGACGGCAAUUGCGGAUACGAUGAUGAGAAUGCGGACGAUGUGCAGACUUUCAACGAUCAAAUCUGCGCUUGCAACAUUCCACCAGGCGGACUGAACGACAACCCCGCGCCCGGCGAGAAUCUCGACGAUAUCGACGACCAGACUCAGGCCGACGCAACUGACGCCUGCACCGAUGGAUGGUUGGAUGGCGUGACGCUGCCGGAUCCGAUCCCGGUGGACUUGAGCGACUUGAGCGAGAAACAGUUCGCACUCUGGUCCUGCAUCAUCGACUGGAGCUUGGCCGACCCGCAGGACCGGCCUGACAUCGUGGAGCUGACGGAGGAACAAAACCCCACCUUGCCAAUCACCCCGUGUGCAUCUUCGGAUGGAACUCUGCCUGAAGCGGGUGCAGAGCCCUGUCGGAUCAAAUUCCUUGUGGCGCAGGCGGGUGCACUCCAUCAGAGUGUUGCCUUCCGACCUGCGCCGAUGGAUCUCCGGCGAGACCUGCAACCAACAAUUGCCAUUGCCUCAAUGCCUUCCGACCUGCGAUGGAUCUCCGGCAACUGCGGACUGAUCAAAUUCCUUGUGGCGCAGGCGGGUGCACUCCAUCAGAGUGUUGCCUUCCGACCUGCGCCGAUGGAUCUCCGGCGAGACCUGCAACCAACAAUUGCCAUUGCCUCAAUGCCUUCCGACCUGCGAUGGAUCUCCGGCAACUGCGGACUGAUCAAAUUCCUUGUGGCGCAAACGGGUGCACUGCAUCAGAGUGUUGCCUUCCGACCUGCGCCGAUGGAUCUCCGGAGGCGCAGGAAGGGUCAGUACUAUAACGACAAUGGCAACGGCUACUAUGCUGGGUCCCCGGAGUUGAUUGCGACCGAGGAGUCUGAGGACAGCGCCUUCAUGCAACAGGAGGCCUACUGCGAAAACGACGACGAGUGCGAGGAGGAGGAACUUGGUGCUGAGACUGAGCUGUGA